ACCGAGCGGCUGCAGUGGCAGACGUGCUGGGAACUGCAGGCUGCAACCCUGGGGGACGCCCCAAGGGACAAGGGGAGUCAGGAAAGCCUGACUACCCCCUUUCAGGUAGAAAAAGAAACGGCACUCUUUUUCCCAGGGAGGACACGAAAACCCCUCCCGUCUGAAACUGCCUUCGGUUGGCUUGUACAGACACCAACCGGGCAAAGUUGUUUUUGUCUUGCUGUGUUUUUGAUGUUCAUUGUUCUGUUUUUGUUCGUUACGUGGACCUCAUUUGACGGGAUGGGACAGACUAUGACGACCCCCCUCUCUUUGACCUUAGACCACUGGACUGAAGUGAGAGCGAGAGCGCACGAAUUGGCGGUAGAAAUAAAAAAAGGGCGUUGGCAGACUUUUUGCACCUCUGAGUGGCCCUCCCUCAAUGUGGGUUGGCCCCCUGAGGGGACGUUUAAUCUAACUGUUAUCCUCGCGGUGAGGGCUAUUGUUUUCCAGGAGAGACCGGGGUCCCAUCCUGACCAACGACCAUAUAUUACAGUGUGGCAGGAUCUGGUGCAGAACCCACUCCCGUGGGUUAAGCCAUGGGUAAAAGCAGAAAAACUAAGCCCCCGAGUCCUGGCGCUGCAGGAUGCGGAGACACGGCAAAAAUCGAAAUCAACUCGAACAGCGGAGUCGGAGACCCCUUCGGCCCCCCCCGGGGUCUACCCUGAGAUUGACCCUCCUCCCGAAUGGCCCCCUUUCUCGCCUCCCCCUUACCCCUCCCCCGCUCCAGGAUCGCAAUCAGGACGGAGGGCGACUGGCUCGGGUCCCUCCGCUGGAACCCGAAGCCGCCGCGGAGCCACUCCGGACGGGCCUGAUACCACGGUGGCGCUCCCGCUAAGAGAGUAUGGAGCUCCUGCGGGGCCCAACCAGCUGUCACCCCUCCAGUACUGGCCUUUCUCUUCCUCAGACCUGUAUAACUGGAAAAAUAACCAUUCCCCCUUUUCAGAAAACCCCGCCGGAUUAACCGCCCUGAUAGAGUCCCUAAUGUUUUCCCAUCAGCCCACUUGGGAUGACUGUCAACAGCUCUUACAGGCACUCUUCACCACGGAGGAGAGAGAAAGAAUCACACAGGAAGCAAGAAAGAAUAUCCGAGGCACCAACGGGCAGCCGACAACGAUAGCUGAGGCGGAAGAAGGGUUUCCGCACAACCGACCCAACUGGGACUAUAACACGGCUGAAGGUAGGGAGGCGCUGUCCGUUUAUCGCCGGGCUCUAGUGGCGGGUCUCCGGGGAGCCGCAAGGCGGCCCACCAAUUUGGCUAAGGUAAGAGAGAUUCAGCAAGGACCCACCGAACCCCCCUCCGUUUUUCUAGAACGAUUGAUGGAGGCUUACCGCAGGUACACGCCCUUUGAUCCGUCCUCGGAAGGGCAGAAGGCCUCUGUCAUUAUGGCCUUUAUUGGACAGUCAGCCCCAGAUAUAAAGAGGAGAUUACAAAGGCUAGAGGGGCUGCAAGACUACGACCUGCGGGACGUAAUAAAGGAGGCUGAAAAGGUGUAUCAUAAAAGAGAGAGUGAGGAGGAAAAGCGAGAGAGAGAGAGAAGGGAGGCUGAAGAGAGGGAAGAUAAGAGAGAUAAGAGACAAGAGAAAAAACUAACUAAAAUACUGGCCGCAGUAAUAAAAGCGACAGGGCCAGAUCACAGACAGUCAGGGAACCUGGGCAACGCCCCACGACCAGGCUCACGCAGACGGCAACCCUUGGACAAGGACCAAUGUGCCUAUUGUAAAGAGAGAGGACACUGGGCAAGGGAAUGCCCCAAGAAAAGGGCCACACCCAAGGUGUUGUCUUUAGGAGAGGACGAAAAAUAGCGGGGACGGGGCUCGGGCCCCCUCCCCGAGCCUAGGGUAACCCUAACCGUCGAGGGGACCCCUAUGAAUUUUCUGAUUGACACUGGAGCUGAAUACUCAGUACUGAAGCAGCCUUUGGGGAAAUUAAAAACAAAGAAGUCCUUGGUUGUCGGAGCCACUGGGCAGAAACAAUACUCAUGGACCACUUCCCGGACAGUGGACUUGGGGAAAGGAAGGGUGUCCCAUUCCUUCCUAGUAAUUCCUGAAUGCCCAACCCCGUUGCUAGGUCGAGACCUUUUAACCAAACUAAAAGCCCAAAUAGAUUUUGCUCAACCUCGGCCUACAGUAUCCUGGCCCGCACCUACCACCAUGAUAUUGGCCCUGGAGCUAGAAGAAGAAUAUCGGCUCCAUCAGCAGCCUAAGCCUAGAGCUCGGCUCAAUACCGAUAAGUGGCUGAUCGAAUUUCCAACGGCAUGGGCUGAAACCGGGGGACUAGGGACGGCUACGAGAAUUCCCCCAGUCGUGAUAGAUCUUAAGGCCGGAGCCCUCCCGAUAAGGGUGCGUCAAUACCCAGUAAACAAAGAGGCCAGAGAAGGAAUCCGCCCCCAUAUCCAGAGGCUACUCCAACAAGGGAUCCUAGUUCCUUGCCAAUCCCCUUGGAACACCCCCCUCUUGCCUGUAAAGAAGCCUGGGACUAAUGAUUAUAGGCCGGUCCAGGAUUUGAGAGAGAUAAAUAAGAGAGUGCAGGAUUUACACCCUACCGUGCCAAACCCAUACAAUUUGCUCAGCUCCCUCCCACCAUCACGAAAAUGGUACACUGUCUUGGACCUGAAAGAUGCAUUCUUCUGCCUGCGGCUUCACCCGAAAAGCCAAUUGCUUUUUGCUUUCGAGUGGCGCGACCCUGAGGUGGGAAUUGUUGGGCAAUUGACUUAGACAAGACUGCCCCAGGGGUUUAAGAACUCCCCUACCCUGUUUGAUGAAGCCCUCCACAGGGACUUGGCUGAUUUUAGGAUUAAAAACCCUCAAGUGACUCUUUUACAGUACGUGGAUGACCUUCUAUUAGCAGCAAAAACUCCGGAAGAUUGUGAAGAAGGGACCAAGCGCCUCCUGGCUGAGCUGGGUGAGUUGGGAUACCGGGCGUCAAAAAGGAAGGCACAGUUGUGUCAGAAAAAAAUAGUCUACUUAGGCUACACAUUAAAGGGCGGCCAAAGGUGGCUAACUGACGCACGGAAAAAGACUGUGACUCAGAUUCCGGCCCCAACCUCCGCUCGCCAGCCCGCUUGAAAGCACUCGAGGCCGUCAGGCGCGACAUCUGGAACCAGCUAAAAGAGGCCUACCAGCCUGGUGAUCUGCUCAUCCCGCACCAAUUCCAGGUUGGGGACUCUGUCCUUGUGAGACGACAUCGGACGGGGUCAUUAGAGCCACGUUGGAAGGGGCCCUACGUGGUGCUCCUCACUACGCCCACAGCAGUUA